AUGCAGUCCGUCACUAGAGCCGCUCGCGCUUCUGCGCUGAAGAACGUUGGCCGCCGCGCCUACUCUUCAUCGCAGUACGCCAAGACCAUCAACAACCUGCGCAUCAACAGCGACACCAAGGUCAUCUACCAGGGAUUCACUGGAAAGCAGGGAACUUUCCACGCUGAGCAAGCUAUCGAAUACGGCACCAAGGUUGUCGGUGGAACAAACCCCAAGAAGGCUGGCCAGACUCACCUCGGCCUUCCUGUCUUCAAGAACGUCUCAGAAGCCGUCAAGGAGACUGGCGCUACCGCUACUGGUCUCUUCGUCCCUCCUCCUCUGGCCGCUGCCGGUAUCGAGGAGGCCCUCGAGGCCGAGAUCCCCCUCGUUGUCUGUAUCACUGAGGGUAUCCCCCAGCAUGACAUGGUUCGCAUCACCGACAUGCUCAAGACCCAGGACAAGACCCGUCUCGUCGGCCCCAACUGCCCCGGUAUCAUCGCCCCCGAACAGUGCAAGAUUGGUAUCAUGCCUGGUUUCAUCCACAAGCGCGGUCGCAUCGGUAUCGUCUCCCGUUCCGGUACCCUGACCUACGAGGCCGUCAACCAGACUACCCAGGCCGGCCUCGGCCAGUCUCUCGUCGUCGGUAUUGGCGGUGACCCCUUCUCCGGUACCAACUUCAUCGACUGCCUAAAGGUCUUCACCGAGGACCCCAACACCGACGGUAUCAUCAUGAUUGGUGAGAUUGGUGGUUCCGCCGAGGAGGACGCCGCCGAGUUCCUCAAGCAGGCCAACACCGUCAACGGUGGCAAGCCCGUUGUCAGCUUCAUCGCUGGUAUCUCCGCUCCCCCUGGACGACGAAUGGGUCACGCCGGUGCCAUCGUCUCCGGUGGUAAGGGUGGUGCCGACACCAAGAUCAAGGCUCUCGAGGACGCCGGUGUCAUUGUCGAGCGCUCCCCCGCUGGUCUGGGCAAGGCUCUCUACAACGAGUUUGUCCGCCGCGAUCUGCUAUAA